GACUCACUGGGUGAACAGAACAUUGUUCCAUGAAAUAAAAAAGAAAGAAUUUCCAAACCAUCAACCCAAUCAAUUCAGUAUUGCUCAAACAAUAAUAAAAAGAGAGAGAAGACUUUCCAAAUCAUCUCUCAGGAGAGAAGAAAUACACAAUUUGAUAUUCCUUAAUCUGGUUUGAGCGCAGCUUUGUGGUUCAGUAUGAUGAUGUUUGAGGAGAUGGGGUUCUGUGGGGAUCUCGAUUUCUUCCCCAAUCCGGUCAAGCCGCCGGUUCCUCUUCCUGGCGGCUCGGCUGAACCGGCGGCUGAGGAUGAGUACAGCGACGAAGAGAUUGACGUGGACGAGCUGGAGAGGAGGAUGUGGCGGGAUAAGAUGAAAUUGAAGAGGUUGAAAGAGAUGAGCCGGAGCAAUGAGGGCGGGGUACCGGACACCGCGAAGCAACGGCAGUCCCAGGAACAGGCGAGGCGGAAGAAGAUGUCCCGGGCGCAGGACGGGAUCUUGAAGUACAUGUUGAAGAUGAUGGAGGUGUGUAAAGCCCAAGGCUUCGUUUACGGGAUCAUCCCUGAGAAAGGGAAGCCCGUCAGCGGGGCUUCCGACAAUCUAAGGGAGUGGUGGAAGGACAAGGUGAGGUUCGACCGGAACGGUCCCGAGGCCAUUUCCAAGUACCAAACUGAGAACUCAAUCCCUGGUGGGAGCGAGGGGUCUGAACCUGUGGGACCAACCCCUCACACAUUGCAGGAGCUCCAGGACACCACCCUGGGCUCUCUGUUGUCUGCUUUGAUGCAGCAUUGUGAGCCGCCUCAAAGACGGUUUCCCUUGGAGAAAGGGGUUCCCCCGCCGUGGUGGCCCACGGGGAACGAGGACUGGUGGCCCCAAUUGGGGUUGCCGAAGGAGAACGCCCCCCCGCCUUAUAAAAAGCCUCACGACUUAAAAAAGGUGUGGAAGGUCGGGGUCCUGACCGCCGUGAUCAAGCACCUGCACCCGGACAUAGCCAAAAUCCGGAAGCUGGUCAGGCAGUCCAAGUGCUUGCAAGACAAAAUGACUGCCAAAGAGAGUGCAACCUGGCUUGCCAUCAUUAACCAAGAGGAGUCCCUGGCCCGCGAACUCUACCCAGACCGCUGCCCGCAACUGCCCCCCUCGCCCGGCACCAACACACCCUUCACCCUGACCGAAAGGGGCGAGUACGACGUCAUCGACGGUCCACACCACAUGAUGAAUGAUGUCCCGGAACCCAAACCGAGCAACCUCUGCUUCAUGAACUUGGGAGUUGUUGAUAAUAACUUCCAAAACGGUGGCGGGAUCAUAACCAACAUGGAUUUCACAAGAAAGAGGAAGGCGGGAAACGACCCGCCUACCGCCCUUCCGGACCACAAAAUCUUCACGUGCGACGCGAUUCGUUGCCCCCACAGCGAGAUCCGUCUCGGUUUCCAAGACAGAUCAGCCAGGGACAACCAUCAGCUGUCCUGCCCUUUCAGGGACUCAGCACAAUUCGGGAUGCACAUGAAUCACCACUUUCAUCAAGUGGCCAAGCCACCCGGGAGGGUCUUCGCACAACCAUCAAUCGUUCAACAACCGAAUAAUGAUCUGUCGGGCCUCGGGGUCCCAGAAGACGGGCAAAGGACGAUUAACGACCUCAUGUCGUUGUACGACACAAACAUUCAAUGUAAAGAGCAAUCUGCAGGAGUGGUCGUCAUGGAGAACAAUCAUAACAGUAGUCUUCCUUCAUUUGGUUCAUUAUUCUUCAACUGCAGAAGCUCGAAUAAUAAUGAGAGUUUCCCAUUCAUGUUUGGGACUCCUUUCAAUAUGCAAGCCGCAGAUUUCGCCGAAUCUCUAACGGCAGUUUCUCGGGAUGCCAUUUUGCCAAAAAAAGAUGUUCCUAUCUGGUAAUAAUAUCUCAGCUGGCUGCUUAAUUAUUAAUUAAUUAUCAGAAUUGUGCCGCCUCUUCUUUGUUUUAGACUUCUUGUCUUAGUGCCAAAUAUUGUAAGUCCGUUUUCUUGGUUUAUGUUGCCCUCUAAUUCUCAACAGCAUUAUUGUUCUACAAUGCUUUGAUGUAAUUAAUUAAGUUUGUGUUAUUAUUCCUUAAACGGUGCAAAUUCAAUUGCUUGGUGGUGCAGUUUAGCUAUAAAGGGAAUGUUUUCAAUAACUAAGGACCCGUUUG